CGUUUUGUUGCGGUUUCGUCGCGACCGCUUUUUUGUAUCUUGUUAUUUUCUCACCUGCAACAAACAGCGAGCAGGAAAUUCAUCGAAUCAGCGACGAACGAUUUGCGCAGUGAAAACAAUAAAAAAUCAAGACAUCCACUGCAGCAGAGCGUCGUGAGAGAGGAGGGUGAGAAAGCGAGAGAGAGAAAGCCGAGACAAAUGUCGUGCAGCGUUUGCCAUCGCGAGCUGCUUGGCUGGCAGAUUGUGCGUGUCCAGCUCCCGCCAUCGUCAUCGUCAUCAACAUCAGCAUCAUCAGCAGCAGCAUCGGCAUCAACCACAUCAGCGCCGCCAGCAACGUCGGCAACGGCAACAUUGGCAAACUCGCCUGCUGCCUCAACCGCCUCAACAGCCUCGUCUGCUGCUCCCACUGCUGUCGCUUCAGCCACACACAACAGCAGCAGCAGCCACCAUCAACAACAUCUCCAUCCACAGUCGUCCGCCGCUGGCGAGUCUGCCGCCGCCGCCGCCGCCGCCGUUGCAGAGCCCGAGAUUGUCGUCCAGUGCCGGACGUGCAUUGCAGCCUACAACCAAGUCCCCGGCCGACCACCGCUCGUCGUGCUUCCUGGCUCGGGGACGCCCAAUCGCGCCAACCCACCGCCGCCGCUCUCAAGCAUGCCCGGUGCCGGUGCCAGCGCUGGCGGCGCGACCAGCCCAAAGUCCCCGACCUACGCCACUGUCUCUCGCGGCCGCUCCAUUCGUGACAAGUCAGGCGAUGGCACGUCGUCGUCGUCCACAUCAUUCAAGAGCAAUCUGCAGCGAAUCGUCGGAGGAUCGCUUCGAGGUCCUGCGGGAAGAUCGUUUGCCGCUGCUGCUGCUGCUUCUGCUUCUUCUGCGGAAGACGGCCAAGAACCACUCUCGCCAACUUCCCCAAAGAGCCCAAUUUCACCACUGUCGCCAUCAAAGCGUGCCCCACUCUCGGCCAACUUUUUCGAUCGGCCAAGUGAUGCGUCCGCAAGUCAACCCUACGCAUCACCAAACGCCCGCGCAGGAGGCUCGCCUUCAACCGUCCGCAAAGUUGCGUCCGCUUCUCCCUCUGACGACGCUGCAAAGCGCAUUCCCAUGGACCGAACGGCUCCUUCCUGGGCGCGCAUGUUUGGCUCGGAGCGCGCGUCCAUGAUCACCGACUCUCGCAGCUCGCGGUCGUCCUCGGAUACGUCCUCGAUGGGCGGAUCCAACUCUUCGCUCAACCGGCCGGACAGUGGCUACGUCAUUUAUGCGGACGUCGAGAUUGGGCGCCCCACGCGUGCAUCCAGCUCGAGCGCCAUCUACUCGACCAUCGAGGACUUGCAGGUCAACAGCAGCCCCACAUCGACCACCGGUGCCAAUCCUCGAAAAUCUGCGACCUCCAGCGCCAUCGGUUCGGACCGGUCCAGCACAACGUCGACGACCUCAUCUUCAUCGUCCACAUCCUCGUCGUCUUCAGCACCAGUCUCACCGGCUUCAUCCAAAAGCCCCAAGCGCACCUCCAAAGUCAUCUCGGAUGCAGCAGUCAAGUUUGGCGGCUUGGUCGGAAGCCCCAAUCCAAAGCCUCCCAAACCUGCAAAGCCACCAAAGGCGACCGCUUCACCGGCCUUUUUCACCCCGUCAGCCUCUACUGGUCGCCCUGUGAGUCUGACACGGGUGAAUGUUCCAGCAGAAUCAUCCCCGACUGCAGCAGCAGGAGACGCGGCGCCAGCACGAGCACCUGCACCUGCACCCACCCCAACCGCAACCCCAACGCCGGAAACUGUCAAGCCUGUGGUCGCCGGGACGAGCGACACCGCUCCCCCCAAUAAUCUCGGCCAACCAGUGCGAGUCAAGUCGCCCCCGCCAAAGCGUCCAGUUCCAGGCUCGGCGGCUGCUAAGGGACCGGCACCCGCGCUUCCUGCUGCUGCUGGCACAAACUCUGCGAAUACCGACGAGCAUUCCUCAACGGCGACGAUUGCAUCCGCAACUACUGCCGGCUCGACGCAGCCUCCAGCGAGCGAUUCAUCCAUUUCUUUGUCUGAAUCGUUGCCGCGAAGUGGCAACCAAACCGCGACUCGUCUCGACUUUGACGAGCCCACGACUGCUUCGCUUGCAGCAUUCGCCUUCCGUGCUGCUGCCAUACACAGCUUUGCCGCUUCGCGCACCGACGAGCUCAGCAUGUCCGAGAACGAUACCAUUCAAGUCGACCAGUGCCCCGACCCGGACUGGUGGAUUGGCCGCAAUCUGACUACCAAGGCUGGCCCUGGGUGGUUCCCAGCCAAUCACGUUCAAAAGAUGGAUGCUGUUGCGGCACGCAAGAGCAAAAUUGCCAUUCCUGACCGCUUCUCUCGCAUGAGCGCCGUUCUGGUGGAUCUCUACCUACCGCAACUUGAGGUCGACUUUGACGAGAUUGUCGACCUGUUCAAGCACACCAACGAGAACGAUGACGACAUGCCGGACAGCUUGUACGAGAACUGGGACAUUACCGGACGCGUCCGCGAGCACAGCGAUUCCGACCAACCCCGCGAGUUUUCAGACCUCGAAACAAAGCUUCAGGACAUUUAUGUAUCGACGAGGGAUUUGAAUCUUCCCGAGAAGGCUGCCAAGGAUCCGGUCAAAGAGGCUGCUGUGGACGCACUGCUGAUGGAUUUGCUAGGUUACACCGUCGAAGCCAAAGCCGUCUACUCGUUCACGGCAACACGCAACGACGAGUUGAGCUUCCAAGCCGGUGACAUGCUUCGUCUUUUGAAUCAAGAGGACGAUGAUUGGUGGCAGGGUCAAUUGCGAGACAAAAUUGGAUGGUUCCCGUCAAACCACUGCGUUAUCGAGUCGAGCAAAGGCCGCCCGGCCUCGCCUGCUGCGCUCGAUGAACCAAAAUCUCCAACGCUGACAGCCAGUUCCCCAGCAAAAGUACUGCCUCGACGCGGACCUCCCGCCCCUGCUGCCAAGGCCGUUGCGCCCGACUUUCUCGAUCCCCUAUUUGCUCGCGAAAUGAAAAACGAGCGUAUUGCGCGAGUCCGAGUGUGUGAUUUCGAAAAGCGCAGCGAGCCCAAGUUCUAUAUGUACAUGCUUGCAGUCACAACAUCUCGAGGUGUCUACUUUAUCUACCGACGAUACUCUGAGUUCUUCCAGUUUUAUGAGCAAAUGGUGGAAGCGUUCCCCGAGGCUGCCUUCCCUCCAUUCCCCGGCAAGAUUCUCUUUGGUCGAAGCCAUGUUCGCAGCGUCACUGUCACGCGCAUGAAGGAUCUUGAUGCGUUCAUGCAGGGUUUAUUGAGCAUGCCAGAACUCGCCAUGACCGUUCGUGACCGGCAGGACACAUCCCGGCGAAAUGACCGGUUCCUCACGUCUCAACGCGCGGGCGAAUAAUUUUUUUUCUCGGCACGAUUCACCGAUUCUCGUCGAUUCUCGUCGAUUCCCAAUGCUUGCCACAGAUGCUGCUUCGAUUCUCGUUUUCCACCAGCUCACAUUGUGCACACAUUUAAUUCUUUUUCCCAGGAAGUUGAUUGUCGCCCUCUAUGUUAUAGAGCCAAUUCUGCAGACUCGUUUUGUUCUUGUUGGAAAAAUACACAUUGUUAAGAAA